CCGGGUAGUGGCUACCGAGUCCUUUUUUCCCUCUCCAUCCAUCCUUUUAUGGGCCAGAGCCUCUGUGUCACUGUAGAACCUAGACAGCGAUGACGUUUGCUGAGGACAAGACUUACGAGUAUAUCCGCCACCAUUUCAGCAAUUUUGGCCGUAUUCAUGUUCUGGAGAUACUCCCUUACUUGUCCUGCCUUACAACAAGCGACCAGGAUCGACUGCGGGCCUCUUACCAGCUCUGGGGGAACCAGGGCACCCUCUGGGAGCUCUUUAACAGCCUUCGGCGGCGGACCGGCUGGGUAGAAUCCUUCAUCAAGGCGCUGAGGGUCUGUGAGCUGGCUAGUCUGGCUGACGAAGUGGCCCGUGUCUACCAGAGCAACCUGUCCGGGGUCUCAAACCACCCCCCAGCCCCAGCGGAGCCACAGUUAGUUCCUGCUGAGGUUCCAGGGCCCCCUGCACCUGCUGUGGCCCCCAGUACACCCACCAACGGCUACAGAGAGGAGGAGCCAAGUUUCCCCUUGCCUGUCCAGGACACCCAGCUACCAGAGUCCCUGGAAGAGAGUUCAAAGAAAGUCCCCCAGAUGCCCCAUUCUGGGGCUGUGAGAAGGCCAGCUGGCCCCCGGGAGCCCUCCUCUGACAUGGCAGCUGUCAACCCUCUGACUGCCAGUGGGCAUCAGGAGCAGGAUACAGGGCUGGGCGGUGCCCAUAUAGCAGGCACUGCCUCCGGCCUCACGUCAGCCCGUGGGCCUGUGUCUCCAACUGUCUCCUUCAAACCCCUGAGCCGCUCCAUCCCCAGGGCCAGCCGUUUGCCUGCACCCUCAGCAUUAGCUCUGUCCACCGGCACUACCUCCUCUUCCCCUGGCUCGGCCUCUGCAGGGGUUGCUGGCGACCAUGGUGAGGCCACCAUCUGCUCCACCAUGGCAGGGGUGUCCACUGGUGCACUGACCACCAGCACAGCACCCUCCAAGGUGCCUACCCACUCAACAUUUGACAGGAUGGCGCCUUCCAAGUUGCCUGCCAGCUCAAAACCCUCUGGUACAAUGCCCACUACGAGUCUACCACCGUCCAAACUGCCCAUCAACUCAACACGUGCGGGCACAGUGCCCCCCAGAGUGCCUGCUGGCCUGGUGCCUGACCACAAGAUGUCCGCAAGCACAGUGCCCAGCAAGGGGCCUGCCAACACAGUGCCCAGCAUCAGCAGCAACGUACCCUCAGGGGAGACUGCAACGGCUCCAGUACCCACAGACAUUUCCACCAGAGACAGCUUGCCCGGCCUAGACCGUAGCUCUGCUGGCUGGGGCUCUGAGUUGGAGCUGAGCAAGCCAGGCAGGCUGGCCUCCCAGGUGGACAGUGAGCCAUUCUCGGGCUGUUCUGCGGACCUGGCCCUCAGCUACAGCAGGUCCUUGGGCGCGGGGCCUGACAAUGCCCCAGAGGAGAAUGAGUACCAGUCGGUGGAUUCCAUCAGGAUCCAAGUGGUCCAGGAUCCCAGCGCUGACCUACUGGAGCAUAAUCCUGGGCCACGUGCCACUCCACAGCCCACAGUCGAGGAGGAGCCCGUCCAGGCCAGCUCCUGGGCUCCGUGGCUUGGGGUAGCCACCACGGGGGUGUUUCUGGCCAUGCUCCUGGCUGUGCUAUAUAGGCGGCGCCUGCUCCAGUGAAGCCCCUGGGCCCUCCCUGCCAUGGAUCAGCUCCCUUCCCCCUGGGAUGUUUAGCCACAUCAAGGAUUAUGCUGUCUUCCUGCCUUGUCCCCUUUGUGGGGCUGGCAGAGCCAGGGGUCAGAGGGGAGCCUCAGGCCAGAUUUCUGUCCCAGCUCAUGCCCUCCCCCUGUGCUCCAGACCUUGCC